AUGAGUGAGCAUGGGAGAUCAUGGAGCGGCAUCGAGGCAAGAGCCAAGAGCGUGGAAAGGACCAUUGACCUCAAGACCAACACAUCAGCUGCACUCAAAGCCACCAUCGAAACAGCUGAACUGUACAUGCAAGCAUUGAGGCUCGCGGAUACUCCCACUGACCGAAAGCGUAUCGAUGCCAGGUGCAAGGACCUCAUCAACAAAGCCGAAGUCCUGAAGGCGAAGCAGGACGGCAGCGUCAGCAACGGCGUGCGCGAAGUGCCGCUCCUGAAACCUCCUGUUUCGCCACGGAAGCUCACCACCCGGGAGAACAUCAUCCUGCUUGAAGGCUCCAAAUUGAACGGCUUCCUCUUCAAGCCAUGGGACAAGGAGCCCGCCGACGAAGAAUUCGCGCUCAACGACGGAGAAGAUCCGUUCAUUGACUUGCCGGAACUGCCGCUCUCGGAUAUCCAAUUGGAGUCAUUCGACGGCUGGAAGAGACCAAACGAAGCACUGUCAUCGAUGCGCUUCCCUGGAGCUUCCGAAGGUAACGAGGUGUGUAUGACGACGCGGCAGAUCAGCAAAAUUGAUCUCGUGCAAGACCUGACCUCGGACUGCUCAGUGGUAGCCAGUUUGUGCGCGGGGAGUUCGCGCGUAGGAAGAGGUCAUCAAAUGAUCUCAAGCACUUUCGUCUACCCAUGGGACUACAAGGAGCACACCUUUGGCUUGUCCCCGAAUGGCAAGUACAUACUCAAGUUCUACUUCAACGGCUGUUGGCGACGGGUCGUGAUUGAUGACCGCUUACCAACGUCCAAGACUUCCCGUGUCCUGCACGUCGUGGACCGUACGUGUCCUGGGCGUCUCUGGCCAACCCUUGUAGAAAAAGCAUACCUCAAGGUCCGAGGUGGCUACGAUUUCCCAGGAAGUAACUCCGGCACUGACCUCGCGGUUAUAACCGGCUGGAUCCCGCAACAGGUAUUUCUUCACGAUGAUGACGUCGACUCGGACAGCCUGUGGAAAGAGCUGUUUGACGCCACGACGGAAGGCCACAGCAUCAUCACGGUCGGCACUGGCAAGCUAUCUCGCAGGGAACAGAAGCAGCUUGGCCUGGCGGCAGAGCAUGACUACGCGGUCCUCGAGAUGAAGGAGAGAGGUGGAGUGAAAGAACUGCUAGUAAAGAAUCCAUGGAUGGAUGGCGACGUCUGGAAAGGCGCAUCGAGACGACGCCCCAAUCCGAAUAGUGAGACCGACCCGGAAACGGCCCCUGAAGACGACAGCAACGACAUGGUACCAGGUACCUUCUGGAUGGAUUUCAACAGCGUGUUCCAGCAUUUUGAAAACCUUUAUAUCAAUUGGAACCCGGGCCUCUUCAGCCAUCGCCAUGACCGCCAUUUCUCUUGGACUCUUCCCAAGAAACGGCCCGCAGCCAAUAUCCUUGACGACCACCACCAACUCGUUGUUCAAGCCACGCGCACUAGCGAAGUCUGGAUCCUCCUCAACCGCCACUUCCGCAACGGCGAUUACAGCCACGCCAACAGCGGCAAGAACGGGUAUAUCGCGCUCUACAUCUUCGACAAGCAAGGCCGACGCGUCCUGUCCCGCGAAGGCGCCAGCACCCGCGGUCCAUUCGUCGACUCUCCCAAUACUCUCGUCCGCUUCUCCGCCACGGCGCACCAGCCCUACACGGUCGCGGUGCUGCAGUCCGACCUCCCGCCCGGCAAACACAACUUCACCAUCUCCCUCUUCAGUCACUGCCCGGCCACGCUGGAAGAAGCUAUCGCGCGCUAUCCCCAUGCCCGCACCUUAAGCGCACAAUGGACCAGGUCCACCGCUGGUGGCUCGUCUGAUUCUCCGCACUACCUCUCAAAUCCACAAUUCAGCCUGACGCUACACACCCACCAGCCUAUCGCCUGCCUUCUGCGCAUCGUCGAUGACGGAACCACCACUCUCGACACGACCGACAUCCACGUCAAGCUCGCCAUCCUCUCCUCGGACGGACGGCGCAUAACGCGGCUCCGCACGCGAGAUGUAGUCGCGCACUCAGGCGACUAUCGACGCGGCAGCGCCGUGAUCGAGAAGGCCCUCGCGCCGGGGAAGUACACGGUCAUCGCCUCGACCUUCGACGCGGGCCAGCUGGCCAAGUUCACGCUCGACUUCUACUCGUCGGAGGCCGAUGCGGCGGCCCGGUCGAGUUUCGAGCGCCUGCCGGGCGAGGAGAGCGGCAAGCUGCUGAUGCGAGUGCCCCCCGCCGUGUUUGAACGGGGCCUGGACCGCAUGCUGCUUCCUUUGACGGUGCGGCGCGUGAACAAGGUGGUGAUCAUUGCGAGGCAGGUGCAGCGGUCGAGUACCAGUAGCCUGUUCAAGAUGAGUUUGGAGCAGGGACAGGGUCCGUACAAGCGGACUGUCGCGGAUAGUGCGUUUGACGAGGAGGAGUUCCACGCGGUGGGGACGGGCCUGCGGAUCGACGAUGUGGAUCUGAGGCCAGAGAUGCAUGCGCCGGGGUCGGGUGGAUUAUGGUUGGUCCUCGAGCGGUUGGCGAGGGGUACUGAGCAGGGAAGAGAGGCUGAGGUACUGCAGGUGGAUAUUCUGGCCGAGGAGGCCGUGGACAUUGGGGCCUGGGGUAGGGGUCAGGGCUGA